AUGGCAGCCUCCGUCCAAAUCAUGUCCGACCUGCACCUCGAAACGCAUUCGUACGGUUUCAACUUUGCCCAAACCGCACCAUAUCUCGUCCUCCUAGGGGACAUUGGACAUGCGGCCAACGACCAGCUGUUUUCUUUCCUCGAGACUCAGCCCUGCCACUAA